CGGGCGGCGAGAGUUCGGUUGAGAGGGUGCUGAUGGCGGGGGAGUACCACUGAUGAGAGAGCGGGCCACAGGACACAUUAUUUGAGCACAGAUUGGGGGAAUAUUACUUCAAUCUUCUGGGUACUAAUACAUUGUGGGACAGUUGUUCUUUCAUCGCUGCGUGUGGUGCCAUCUGGUGUAGUGGCUGAGUUUUCCAGCAGUAAUGUCACAGAGAAGUGGGCAGGAGGACCCGGAGCGGUACCUGUUUGUGGACCGUGCCGUGGUCUACAACCCAACAGCUCAGGCCGACUGGACGGCCAAGAGGCUGGUGUGGAUCCCUUCAGAGAGGCAUGGAUUUGAGGCAGCCAGCGUCCGGGAGGAGAGAGGAGAUGAGGUGGUGGUGGAGCUGGCGGAAAAUGGGAAGAAGGCGAUUGUCAACAAGGAUGACAUUCAAAAGAUGAAUCCUCCAAAGUUUAGUAAAGUGGAGGACAUGGCCGAGCUGACCUGUCUGAACGAGGCAUCAGUGCUGCACAACCUCAAAGAUCGCUACUACUCUGGACUCAUCUAUACAUACUCUGGCCUCUUCUGUGUGGUCAUAAAUCCCUACAAAAACCUGCCCAUUUACUCAGAGAACAUCAUAGAGAUGUACAGGGGCAAAAAGAGGCACGAGAUGCCCCCUCACAUCUACGCCAUCUCAGAGUCUGCGUACAGGUGCAUGCUGCAAGAUCGAGAGGAUCAGUCCAUACUUUGCACGGGUGAAUCAGGAGCAGGCAAAACGGAAAACACCAAAAAAGUCAUUCAGUACCUGGCCUACGUCGCCUCUUCACACAAGGGACGCAAAGACCACAACAUUCCUCCAGAAUCACCCAAACAAGUGAAACAGAGUGGACCCCUGUUUUAUGGAGAACUGGAACGUCAGCUUCUACAGGCCAAUCCCAUCCUGGAGUCUUUUGGGAACGCUAAAACUGUGAAAAAUGACAACUCAUCGAGAUUUGGAAAAUUCAUUAGAGUCAACUUUGAUGUGACCGGUUAUAUAGUUGGGGCCAAUAUUGAAACUUAUUUACUAGAAAAGUCUAGAGCAAUUCGACAAGCCAAAGAUGAACGCACCUUCCACAUCUUCUACCAGCUGUUGGCCGGGGCUGGAGAGCACCUCAGAUCGGACCUACUUCUGGAAGGAUUCAGCAAAUACCGUUUCCUGUCUAAUGGAAAUCUCCCCAUCCCGGGCCAGCAGGACAAAGACAACUUCCAUGAAACUAUGGAUGCCAUGCAGAUCAUGAGCUUUGGGCAUGAGGAGAUCCUGGCCAUGCUGAAGGUGGUGUCAGCAGUGCUCCAGUUUGGAAACGUUGUCUUCAAAAAGGAGAGAAACACAGAUCAGGCCUCGAUGCCAGAUAACACUGCUGCUCAGAAACUUUGUCAUUUACUGGGAAUGAAUGUAAUGGAGUUCACCAGAGCCAUCCUGACUCCAAGGAUCAAAGUGGGACGAGACUAUGUCCAGAAAGCGCAAACUAAAGAGCAGGCUGAUUUUGCCAUCGAGGCCUUAGCCAAAGCCACAUACGAGCGCCUGUUCCGCUGGCUCGUCCAUCGCAUUAACAAAGCUCUGGACAGGACCAAACGACAAGGAGCCUCUUUCAUUGGCAUCCUGGACAUAGCCGGCUUUGAGAUAUUUCAGUUGAACUCAUUUGAGCAGCUGUGCAUCAACUACACCAAUGAGAAGCUGCAGCAGCUGUUCAACCACACCAUGUUCAUCCUGGAGCAGGAGGAGUACCAGCGCGAGGGCAUCGAGUGGAGCUUCAUUGACUUCGGCCUGGACCUGCAGCCCUGUAUCGACCUCAUAGAGAAACCGGCCAAUCUCCCAGGCGUCUUGGCUCUGCUCGAUGAAGAGUGCUGGUUUCCCAAAGCCACAGACAAGACCUUUGUAGACAAGUUAAUCCAGGAGCAGGGGACCCACCCCAAGUUUCAGAAACCACGGCAACUAAAAGACAAAGCUGACUUUUGCAUCAUUCACUACGCUGGCAAGGUGGACUAUAAAGCUGAUGAAUGGCUGAUGAAGAACAUGGAUCCACUGAAUGAUAAUGUUGCCACUCUUCUUCAUCAGUCAACUGACAAGUUUGUGGCUGAACUGUGGAAAGAUGUGGACCGUAUUGUGGGAUUGGACCAGGUGGCUGGGAUGAACGAGACUGCUUUUGGUGCUACCUACAAAACAAAGAAGGGCAUGUUUCGUACAGUGGGCCAGCUCUAUAAGGAGUCUCUCACAAAACUUAUGGCUACUCUGCGAAACACCAACCCCAACUUUGUGCGGUGUAUCAUCCCCAACCAUGAAAAGAGGGCCGGUAAACUGGAGCCUCACCUGGUUCUGGACCAGCUGCGCUGUAAUGGAGUCCUGGAGGGGAUCCGAAUCUGUAGACAGGGCUUCCCCAACCGCAUCGUCUUCCAGGAGUUCAGACAGAGAUAUGAGAUCCUGACACCAAAUGCAAUUCCCAAAGGUUUUAUGGAUGGGAAACAGGCUUGUGAGAGAAUGAUUCAAGCCUUAGAGCUGGAUCCCAACUUGUACCGCAUCGGCCAGAGUAAGAUUUUCUUCCGAACAGGAGUCUUGGCUCACCUGGAGGAGGAGAGAGACCUGAAAAUCACAGACAUAAUCAUUUACUUCCAGUCUGUGUGCCGUGGAUAUUUGGCACGCAAGGCCUUUGCUAAAAAACAGCAGCAGUUGAGUGCCUUGAAGGUGUUGCAGAGGAACUGUGCAGCCUACUUAAAACUACGACACUGGCAGUGGUGGAGGCUCUUUACCAAGGUGAAGCCUCUUCUGCAGGUGACCAGGCAGGAGGAGGAGCUACAGGCCAAAGACGAGGAGCUGUUGAAGGUGAAAGAACGACAGCUGAAGGUGGAGAAUGAACUGGUGGAGACGGAGAGGAAAUACCAACAGCUCAUGGAGGAGAAAAACAUCCUGGCUGAGCAGCUCCAGGCAGAGACGGAGCUGUUUGCAGAAGCUGAGGAGAUGAGAGCACGAUUGGCGUCAAGAAAACAAGAACUGGAAGAAAUCCUGCAUGACCUGGAGUCCCGUGUGGAAGAGGAGGAGGAGAGGAACCAGAGCUUACAGAACGAGAAGAAAAAGAUGCAGGCGCACAUACAGGAUUUGGAGGAGCAGCUCGAUGAAGAGGAGGCUGCUCGUCAAAAACUACAACUGGAUAAAGUCACAGCUGAGGCCAAGAUUAAAAAGAUGGAAGAGGACAUUUUGUUGCUUGAAGACCAAAACUCAAAGUUUCUUAAGGAGAAAAAGCUGUUGGAGGACAGGAUCUCUGAAACCACAUCUCAACUGGCAGAAGAGGAGGAAAAAGCCAAGAAUCUCGGCAAAGUCAAAAACAAGCAAGAAAUGAUGAUGAUCGAUUUGGAGGAGCGUUUGAAGAAAGAGGAGAAAACACGUCAGGAGCUGGAGAAAGCAAAGCGUAAACUAGAUGCCGAAAACACAGACCUUCAAGACCAGAUUGUGGAGGUGCAAGCUCAGAUCGACGAGCUGAAGAUUCAGCUGUCCAAGAAGGAGGAGGAGCUCCAGGCUUUAUUGGCCAGGAGUGAUGAGGAGACCCUCCAAAAGAACAAUGCUCUGAAGCAGGUGCGUGAGCUGCAGGCCCAGCUGGCUGAGCUGCAGGAGGACCUGGAAUCAGAGAAACUGUGUCGAAGCAAAGCCGAGAAACUGAAGAGGGACCUGAGCGAGGAGCUGGAGGCACUGAAGACCGAGCUGGAGGACACACUGGACACUACCGCCGCACAGCAGGAGCUCAGAACGAAGCGCGAGCAGGAGGUGGCAGAACUGAAGAAGGCCAUAGAGGAAGAGACAAAGAACCAUGAAGCUCAGAUCCAGGACAUGAGGCAGAGACACGCUGUGGCUCUGGAGGAACUGUCAGAGCAGCUGGAGCAAGCCAAGAGGUUCAAAGCCAACCUGGAGAAAAACAAGCAGAGCCUGGAAAGUGACAACAAGGAGCUGUCGUCAGAGGUGAAGAGUCUGCUUCAGGCCAAAACCGAGUCGGAGCAUCGCAGGAAGAAACUGGAGUCUCAGGUGCAGGAGUUCAUGAGUCGCGCCACUGAGGCUGAGAUGGCCAAAGGAGAGCUCUCUGAAAGAUCUCACAAGCUGCAGAUGGAGUUGGACAAUGUGUCUUCCAUAUUAGAAGAAGCAGAGAAAAAGGGCAUCAAGCUGACCAAGGAUGUGGAGAGUCUGGAGAGCCAGUUACAAGACACACAGGAGUUGCUAAAAGAGGAAACUCGUCAGAAGUUGAACCUGAGCAGCCGCAUCCGUCAGCUGGAGGAGGACAAGAACAGUCUGUUGGAGCAACAAGAAGAAGAGGAGGAGACAAGACGAAACACAGAGAAACAACUGCAGGCUGUGCAAACUCAGCUGUGUGAGUCCAAGAAGAGGCUGGACAGUGACACUUCUGUAAUGGAGGCCCUGGAGGAGGCCAAGAGGAAGCUGCAGAAGGACCUGGAGCUGUCCCAGCAGUGUCUGGAGGAGAAGGGCAUGGCCAUGGACAAACUGGAGAAGACUAAGUCCAGACUUCAGCAGGAGUUGGAGGACAUCAUGAUCAGCCUGGACCAACAGAGACAGGUGGCAUCCAACCUGGAGAAAAAGCAGAAGAAGUUCGACCAGUUGCUGGCUGAAGAGAAGACAAUCUCUGCUCGCUAUGCAGAGGAGCGUGACCGCGCUGAAGCAGAGGCCAGAGAGAAAGAGACCAAACUCUUAUCUUUGGCCAAAGCUCUGGAGGACAUGACGGAAACCAAAGAAGAACUGGAGAGGUUCAAUAAACAGCUGCGGGUCGAAAUGGAGGACCUGAUGAGCUCCAAGGACGAUGUGGGCAAAAAUGUGCAUGAGCUGGAGAAGUCGAAGCGCACGCUGGAGCAGCAGGUGGAGGAGAUGAGGACUCAGCUGGAGGAGCUGGAGGAUGAGCUCCAGGCCACAGAGGAUGCCAAGCUACGUCUGGAGGUGAACAUGCAGGCCAUGAAGGCCCAGUUCGACAGGGACCUCCAGACCAGAGAUGAGCAGGGAGAGGAGAAGAAGAGAGCACUGGUCAAACAGGUGCGUGAGAUGGAGGCAGAGCUGGAGGAUGAAAGGAAGCAGAGGACUCUUGCUGUGGCUGCCAAGAAGAAGCUGGAGAUGGAUCUGAAUGACCUGGAGGGACAGAUCGAAGCAGCCAACAAGGGCAGAGAUGAAGCAAUCAAACAGCUGCGCAAAUUACAGGCUCAGAUGAAGGAUUACCAGCGCGAGCUGGAAGAGGCCCGAGCCUCUAGAGAUGAGAUCUUCACUCAGUCGAAGGAAAACGAGAAGAAGUUCAAAGGCCUUGAAGCUGAAAUCCUGCAGCUACAGGAGGACUUUGCAGCAUCUGAGCGAGCGCGUCGUCACGCUGAGCAGGAGAGAGACGAGCUGGCUGAUGAGAUCUCCAACAGCGUCUCUGGAAAGUCGUCCCUGCUGGACGACAAGAGGAGGCUGGAGGCCCGUAUCUCUCAGUUAGAGGAGGAGCUUGAGGAGGAGCAAGGCAACAUGGAACUGGUCAAUGACCGCCUCAAGAAGAGCAGCCUUCAGGUGGACACUCUGACCGGUGAACUGGCCACAGAGCGCAGUGCUGCACAAAAAGCAGAAAACGCCAGACAGCAACUGGAGCGGCAAAAUAAGGAGUUGAAAGCCAAGCUAACAGAACAGGAGGGCUCUGUGAAGGCCAAGUUUAAGGCCUCGAUCACGGCUCUAGAGGCGAAGAUCCUGCAGAUGGAGGAGCAGCUGGAGCAGGAGGGGAAAGAGAGAGCAGCUGCCAAUAAAGUGGUGCGCCGGACAGAGAAGAAACUGAAGGAGGUCAUGAUGCAGGUGGAGGACGAGCGUCGCCAUGCUGACCAGUUCAAAGAGCAGAUGGAGAAGGCCAACGCUCGCAUGAAGCAGCUGAAGCGACAGCUGGAAGAGGCUGAAGAGGAGGCGAGUCGAGCCAACGCAUCCAGGAGGAAACUCCAGAGAGAACUGGAUGACGCCACAGAGGCCAGCGAGGGCCUGACACGAGAGGUCACCUCACUCAAGAACAGGCUCAGGCGAGGGGGGCCCGUGAGCACCUUCUCCUCCUCGAGCCGCUCCGGCCGGCGUAACCUAAACCUGGACGGAGCGUCUGGAGACAUGUCUGAUGAUGACGCAGACAGCCGCGCCAGUGACUUCAAUGAUACACAACCCACUAACGCUAAUGAGUAACCCCCCAUGUGGGCAUUUCCUCCUCUGUCAUUCCUGACCAGAUCUCCUUCACUAAACCCCAGCACAGCUCUGAUUCUGCUGUUUAUGUUGUGGACACUGCAUUGAAAACCACCACUGCCCCAGGACCACGAGCAAUGGGGCAAAAAGACAUGUGGCACUGCCUUAUUCCACUGGCACGCCAUUGUGUACCCUCCUCCAUCAGGUAUUGAUUUAUCUGCUCAGCUUAUUGAGAAAGUAUGCAUAGGUACUAAGUGCUUUUAUAUUAAACUCAAGUAUGUAACGUUUAUGGCGUACUGCGGACUGGAAAUGCAGGGGAUGUAUGUAAACAAAACAUAGUAUUGGAUGUUUUACUCACCGGUGUCUAAAAGCCAUUCCUUAUCGGACAGGCCGGGUCCUACCACGCUCAUCUCAAAAUGGACCCCAAAAUGAAGCUUGCUCUAAAGAUGGUUUUGUUGCAUGAGGCCUCUUCCAAACAUCUCACAACGACUAACAUCUCGGGACAUGCAAUACAACAGAAGACUGGAUUUAAGUAUUUUACUGUGAAAAGGGUGUUUUAUUUUCUGAUGCUUCAUCUCAACAUGCAGCAAACGAAUGUCUGGCUGAGUUUGAACUGGAAAUCUCACAAUGUUAACCCUUUUGUAUUGAACACUAGUGUUUAUGAGAAUGCCCUGUGAAUGAUUUUCAGACUGGAUCAGACUGGAACAGGAAGCACUACAGCAGGAUAUGUUCUGUAACCUGUGUACUCUUAUUACAGCUUUGCCCACAUCGGUCACUUAUAAAAGCAGAUGGAAGUAUCAUCACGCGAAUGUGUUUCGUGCUUAGUCUCAGUCUUUUUCUCUUGCGUUUCACCAACUAAAAACAAAAUACCAAGAAGUUUUGUUGUUGUUUUUUUUUUACAUUGAAGAAACUAUAUAGUCACAAGUAAUUUUACACACUUGUUUCCAUGGAGAUGUUAUAACGUCACCAGGAAUUUUACACAGUAUGGCAUUAAAAUGCAUGUUCCUAUUAGAGAUGUUAUUGCUAAAGAUGUGUUUAAUGCCAUACUGUAGAAAAUUCCAAUCGAUGCAAAUAAACAUCACCAUGGAAACAAGUUAAGUUUCAGACCACCAGUAAAAGUUACAUAGUGCACCUUUAAGGUUAAAUACAGGCUUUGGAGUUUGUUUUAAGUGAUCAUGACAGAAAGAUUGUGGCUACACUGUGCCAUGAUUUUGGACUUUUGACAAUGCUAUAAAGCACUUACUAUUCAACGGUUGUCUGAAAAUGUAUUUUAGUGUAAGUUUUUUUUUAGCUGAAUUUCCCUCAAAACAACCACUAGAUCAGUAUCCUUUUCCACUCUUCUCUUGGUACAAAUAUGAGAAGAAUGGAUGUCUAAGCCCCAUUCCAAUAUUAACACAUAUAUUAUGUUUCUUUGAAGUGCCUUAGACACUCAAUAAGAACAUAAAGUGGGCAAGGACGUCCUCCAAACAAACUCAAUAAUACAAAAAUGAAUAAUACAACAAUAUUAAUAUAAUAAUAAUAAUACAAGUACCUAUACAUGUUUUUUGUAUUUUUCUUGCUGUGAUUCAUAUCAAGCCCGCUGCAUACAUUUUAGAAUAUUGUGUUUGGGUCAAAAUCACUAUUAAAUACAGUGUUAUAAUGAACUACACAGGAAGCUGCUUUGCUCCUUAUUUCCUCAGCAGCUGCACUUUCUAAAAUAUUUAAUUUCAAAUAUAGUUUUCGGUUUUAGUCAUUAGAUUAUUUUGGCCAAUGUCACUCUGCAGAGGAUUUCAUUUGGUUGGAAGCUUUAACACCAACAGGUAGUCAACGUGAUUAAAUUAUCCAACUGCAAACACUUCACUAGUUUUUCUUGUAUACCUGUAUUUCUAGACAGCAAUUUGUUUUUGUAAAAGAAAAUAAAGCAUAUUCAUUGUAUUUGCUUCACUCUUUGAACUGAAUGUCUCCUUCAUCCAUUAAAGUGCAUUAAUGAUGAGUACAAUUUAAAGGUA